AUUUCUCUCAUCGCAAAACUCAUCCAAACCAUGUCUUCCUCAAGAUUUCUUUUUCCGCUCUAUCUGAUCCUCUCCUUCGCUCUCCUCCUCCGACUUGCCACCUCAUACGAAACAAUCUAUCAAUGCUCGGGCACAAAUAUAAGUGCCAACGGCCUUUACAGCCAGAAUUUGAACAACCUCUUGACUUAUCUCGACUCGAAAACCCCACUGACCGGGUUUGGUUCUGGCUCAUUGGGCCUCAACCAAAGUCAAGCCUACGGCCUCGCUCUCUGCCGAGGUGACCUCAACACAACAGAAUGCAAAGCAUGUGUCGACACAGCAAUCAAGGAGAUUCAAACAAUUUGUCAAUUUACCGAAGCAAUCAUAUGGUACGAUUAUUGUCAGUUGAGAUACUCGGACCUCAAUUUCUUGGGUGAAAUUGAUGAACAAAUCUGGUUCUUAUUUGGGGAACCUACGAAUGUGAGCAACCCAGUUUAUUUCAAUGAAAAGGUCCUGGAGUUAUUGGUUAAUUUGACGAACGAAACUUAUGUAAGCCCGAAAAUGUAUGCUGAAGGGACAAUGGGGAUUGGGAAUUCAACAACACUUUACGGGAUGGUUCAGUGCACCAGAGAUCUUUCUAAUACUGAUUGUAAAAGUUGUCUUUCCGAGGUUAUUAACUUCAUUCCGCAAUAUUUAUACGGAAAACAAGGAGGGAAAGGAGUUGGUGGGAGUUGCAAUGUGCGUUUUGAGAUAUUCCCUUUUCUCAUCAGUGCCUAAGUAAAAGUGACCACGGUUCUCAGAUGGUGCUAAUACCAUUAAUUUGAGGUGGAUUAAGAAUUAUAUAUCACAUCAUCAUCUUUGUAUUUGCUAGAAUUGUUGCAUGUUCCUUUUUCUUUUCUUUUUUAUGUACUAAUAAAAAGACACAUGAAUAUCUACUUAUGUAUUUUUUUUUUUUUUGAAUUCGGAACUACUUAUGUAUUUGACGACAGAAUUCCCAGGUUUCUUUAAA